UUUUGGGUUCCUUGCUUUCAAUUGCAUUUACACAAAUCCCAUCAAUGGAUCUCUUCAUUGGUGAUUUGUCUGUCUUGUUUGAUUCUUUUUUCUCUGUGGAAUGCAAGCUAUGGCCAAGGAAAACUGCCACCUGGCCCCACUCCUCUCCCAAUUGUUGGAAAUAUUCUACAGUUAAAUACUAAGAACAUCAGCAAAUCCAUAAGCAUGCUAGCAAAAGAUUAUGGCCCUGUGUUCACUGUGUAUUUUGGGAUGAAGCCCACUGUGGUGUUGCACGGAUUCAAAGCAGUGAAGGAAGCCCUGAUUGAUCGGGCAGAAGAAUUUUCUGACAGAGGGAAUUUUCCAGUGGUAGAAAAAAUCACCCAAGGAUUAGGCAUUGUUUUCAGCAAUGGAAAAAAGUGGAAGCACACCCGGCGUUUCUCCCUCAUGGUUUUGCGGAAUAUGGGGAUGGGGAAGAAAACUAUUGAAGACCGAAUUCAAGAGGAAGCCUCGUAUCUGGUGGAACUGUUAAGAAAAACCAAUGUUCUGUCCUGUGUUCCCUGCAAUGUGAUCUGCUCUGUCAUUUUCCAGACUCGCUUUGAUUAUAGUGAUCCCACAUUUCAAACCUUGAUUAAAUAUUUUCAUGAAAACCUUAAAAUUGUAAGCACCCCUUGGAUACAGCUCUACAAUGCCCUCCCUCUAUUACGUUAUCUCCUAGGAUGUCACAAAGAUUUGUUUAAAAAUGUUGCUCACCAAAAAGAGUUCAUUUUGGAGAAAAUAAAAGAGCAUCAAAGAUCUCUGGACAUCAAUAACCCUCGGGACUUUAUUGAUUACUUCCUGAUUAAAAUGGAGAAGUUGAGGAAGAGCAGUGGAUCUAAAGUCCAGGAAGAGAUCGACCGUGUGAUUGGCAGACACCAGAGCCCCUGUAUGCAGGACAGGAGCCGCAUGCCCUACACAGAUGCCAUGGUGCAUGAGAUCCAGAGAUACAUUGACCUUGCCCCCACCAUCUUGCCACAUGCCGUGACCCAGGACAUGCAGUUUAGAGAGUUCUUAAUUCCAAAGGGCACAAACAUAUCAAUACAUCUGUCUUCUGUCCUGCAUGAUGAGAAAGAGUUUCCCAACCCAGAGCGGUUUGACCCUGGCCACUUUCUGGAUGAAAGUGGCAACUUUAAGAAGAGUGACUACUUCAUGCCUUUUUCAGCAGGAAAAAGAAUUUGUGCUGGAGAGAGUCUGGCCCACAUGGAGCUGUUUUUAAUCCUGACCAGCAUUUUACAGAAUUUUACCUUGAAACCUCUGGUUGACCCAAAGGACCUUGACAUCACCCCAAUUAACAAGGGUGUAGGCACUAUACCCCCCUUCUAUGAGCUCUGUUUCAUUCCUGUCUGAAGAAAGUACAGGAUACCAAACUUCAGCAUAGGACCCUCUGACCUUAUCUGAACAAACCUGUUGUUUUCUGACUCAUGUACCAGCCAUUAGCUACUCUUUUCUUACAGAAGGAAUGCUAUCUAUGAGCCCUAUCUCUUCUAAUUUUCACCAUAAGAUCUGGUUCACAUUUUCCUGCAUGAUAGAAUGUUCACUGUUUGGUCUCCAUUAAGAUUCUUUUUGUAAUUCAAUCUUGAGUUUAUAAACUACAUCCUAUGUGCAGUGUAUACCAAAUGGAAAACACAUUAUCCAUGUUAUAUUUUGCUUUCCUACAAAUUGAAAUCAGAAAUUGUCCUAUGAGAAUU